UUGUGUCCUGAUAGGACACGAGUUCUCUCAUGAUUCUGUCGACCAUUUUAGGCUGGCUCCUGGACUUUACAUAUGGAGUGUGUUCCAGUCUGGAGGGACAGAAGAGGGAUCCUCAGGAAUUCUGCCUAGGACCCCCAAAUCGUGUGGAAGAGUCUCCUUAUCAGUGGGAACAGAACCAGCACCUUUCUGUGUCUGUGGGAGAAGACAGUGUCACUGUAUUCCUCUGCUGGACCAUUACUGCUACAUUUGUAUAACCUUCUAAAGGAUACCAGCCCCUGGCAAUUUAUUGUGACCAUGUCAUCGAUCAAGUGUGUAAUGCAGUCUGCGAGGACUUUAAGACACUGUGCCAACAGCUUUUGCACCAGAAGGACAAUCAGCCUCUUUUCCGGUUCACCUACUACUACUCAUUGGAGCAAAGUCGUUUCAGAUGCUGAGAAAAUUGUGGGUUACCCAACUUCCUUUAUGAGUCUCCGUUGUCUCCUGAGUGAUGAAUUGAGCAAUAUAGCCAUGCAAGUCAGAAAGCUGGUUGGAACAAAACAUCCUUUACUGAAUACAGCCAGAGCCUUCGUGUACGAUAGUCGCAACAACCUUCAGAUGCGAGGCUUAGUGGUGCUGCUAAUCUCCAAAGCAGCUGGGCCAAGUAAACUGGCAGAUGAGUCCCUACAACAUGACAUGGUUAGCGGCAUUUAUGCAAGCCAAAGGAAUCUGGCUGAAAUUACAGAACUGAUCCACACAGCUUUCCUAGUGCACCGUGGCAUUGUUAAUAUUGAGGAGCUGAAGAGCUGUGAUGGUCCCCUUAAGGACAUGCAGUUUGGGAAUAAAAUGGCUAUUCUAAGUGGAGAUUUCCUACUAGCAAAUGCUUGUACUGGGCUAGCACAGCUACAAAACACUAAGGUUGUGGAGCUUGUAUCCAGUGCCAUAGGAGAUAUGGUACAAGGAAUAUAUUAUGAAAACUCAUAUUUGCAAGAGAGCAGUUUUACAGACGACAUUGGAAUGGCUAACUGGAUGGAGCACAUUUUUCUCUCCCAUGGUGCAUUGCUGGCUAAGAGCUGUCGGGCUGCAAUGGAGCUAGCCAGGCAUGAUUCAGAGAUCCAGUCUACGGCUUUCCAGUAUGGAAAACACAUGUCCUUAAGUUAUAAGCUUAACUCUGACAUCCAGCCAUUCAUAAAUGGGAAACAAUCUGGAGGCUCUUUCAGCUUGAAUUCUGCCCCUGUUGUUCUUCAUCAGGAAUCUAUAGGAAGAGAGACCUGGAUGGAACAGGUUAAAGGGGCCCAACUGAAAGGCAAUUUGAUUGACCUUGCUAAGUUGCAGGAGGCAAUCAAGGCUGGCAAAGGUGUGACUUCAGCUAUUGACCUGUGCCGUUACCAUGGAAACAAAGCUCUGGAGACCCUGCACUGCUUCCCUCCCUCAAAGGCCAGAUCCGCCUUAGAGAACAUUGUAUACGCUGUGACCAGAUUUUCAUGACACUCUACUUGGCUGGAUGAAGCUGCUUAUUUUUAUUUUUUUUAAUUUUAUUUUGUUUUAAUUAGCUGGAACAGUAUAGUAAACUAUAUGGCCAUCAAGGGGUCCUAACUGCAUCCUUCUUUUGAUUCGCCACAUUGUGCAGUGGGUGUCGAAACUAUUUUUUCUUGUUUGAAUAGCUAAAGAUAAAAAUAGAAUGAGA